UUCUUUUAAAGGAAAAUUUUUGCUUCAAUUGUCUCCAUGAUUAUAAGAUUGGAAAAUAUUUCAUGACGAGGACGAACAAGAUGGUCAGCAAUCGUCAAAAGGUUUGAAUGAAACGGAGGAGGAAAUGCCUCAAGAAACAGUUGAAGAAACCAAAGAACAAGACAGCAUUAGUUUACAUAGUACGCCUAGUUUACGAUUUGAACCUGUCGAAGAACACGAACCAGUUGUGCAGACGGAGAGGAUGCUGUUCAAUUCACUGUUCAUUAAGUGUGUCGUUCAAUUGGAACUUAUCCAAAUGAUCGACAAUGUCGUCUUUUACCCAAGCACCAGCAAGCGAGAAGAUGAAGAUUCUAUGGCUGAAUUACAGAAACUCAUUGCUUAUGGUCAUUAUGUUGGUGAUACACCAGACUCCAUUGAACCAGAGAGGCGUUUUAUUGACAGAAUUAUCGAUACUAUUUGUACUUGCUUUACUGGUAUAAUUACUGAUGUAAACGUUCAAAUACAAAUUAUAAAAUGUUUAUAAAAGUA